CGCGGACAAACAUGGCAGGAAAAGCAGGCAAACAAAAUCGUCCCAGAAAGCCGGUGUCGGAUAAAGAUGAAGAGGAGCAGCCGCUGCAGGCCGUUCUGGUGGCCGACAGUUUCAACCGCAGGUUUUUCCCCAUCACUAAAGACCAGCCGAGGGCUCUCCUGCCUCUGGCUAAUGUCUCCAUGAUUGACUACACACUAGAGUUUCUGACAUCCACUGGGGUGCAGGAGACUUUCGUCUUCUGCUGCUGGAUGUCCAGCAAAAUAAAGGAGCACUUACUGAAGUCGAAGUGGUGUCGUCCCACCUCUCCAAAUGUGGUUCACAUCAUCACUUCUGAUCUGUACCGUUCUCUUGGGGAUGUUUUAAGAGACGUGGAUGCCAAAUCCCUCGUCCGUUCAGACUUUCUGCUGGUGUAUGGAGACGUGGUGUCCAACGUUGAUGUUUCCCAGGCUUUGCAGGAGCACAGGCAGCGGCGCAAAAUGGAGAAGAACGUGUCCGUGAUGACGAUGAUCUUCAAAGAGUCCUCGCCGGGCCACAAGACGCGGUGUGAAGAGGAGGACAUGAUCAUGGCCAUAGACAGCAAGAGCAAACGCAUUCUGCAUUACCAGAGAGCACAGGCCUUGAAGAGACUGCAGUUCCCCAUGAAUAUUUUCCACAGUGCCAGUGAUGAAUUUGAAAUCAGGUUUGAUCUUUUGGAUUGUCACAUUAGCAUCUGUUCUCCACAGGUGGCGGAGCUUUUUACAGACAACUUUGACUACCAGACCAAAAAUGACUUUGUCCGUGGGAUUCUAGUCAGUGAAGAGAUCCUGGGAAACCAGAUCCACAUGCAUGUGACUAAAGACGGAUACGGCGCUCGUGUGUCGAACCUCCUGAUGUACGACACCAUCUCCUCCGACAUGAUCCGCCGCUGGAUUUAUCCCAUCACACCCGACGCUAACUUUGCAGACCAAGACGGCCAGAGCUGCACACACUCUCGGCAUAACGUGUACCGCGAGCCUGGGGUCAGUCUGGGCCACGGCAGCCAGAUGGAGGAAAACGUGCUCAUCGGCAGGAAUACGGUGAUCGGAGCAAACUGCAGCAUAUCCAAUACAGUGAUCGGCGCAAACUGUGUCAUCGGAGACAACGUGACUCUGGAACGAGCUUAUAUCUGGAAUCGAGUCCACAUCGCCAACAAUGUGAAGGUCAAGCAGUCUGUAAUCUGUGACGGUGUGGAGGUCAAACACGGAGUGGUUUUAAACGAACAGUGUGUGCUCGCCUACAACGUGGUGGUGGGUCCAGAUAUUGCUCUUCCAGCAGGCACUGUGGUGUCCAUGCACCAUCCAGAUGAAGAGGAUGAUGAAGAUGAUGAUGAGUUCUUGAGCGACGACAAUGAUGUUUCCCACAAUAAGGACAAGAUCAAACAGAAAGUGUUUAACCCAGCAGAGGUGGGCUCAGAGGGGAAAGGAUACAGAUGGAAAAGCAGCAGUCUUGAUGACACAGAGGAAGAUGAGCUUGCUGAAUGCAUCUGGGGCUUAGCAUUGAAUCCUGACCCAGAGAGUGACAGUGAGAGUGAGGUCAGCGAGGGGUCACAUGACCCUGGAAGCCACCCGCCUUCACCCGAACUGGAUGAUGUCAAAGUGUUUCAGAAUGAGGUUCACGGUACGUUACAGAGAGGUUUAGACGAGAACAUCGGCUGCGAUAAUCUGGUCCUGGAGAUCAACUCGCUCAAGUACGCCUACAACAUUACCCUGAAGGAGGUGAUGCAGAUCUUGAUGAGGGUGGUGCUGGAGUUUCCUCUCCACCAGCAGGGGGUGGAGAUCACCACCGCUCAGUAUUCAGCACACCUGCUGCCUGUG